GAAAUAAAGGAACGAAGGACGCAAGAGAAGAGUGACGUUCGCGCGAGGAGAUUCGCGGGCGAUCGAACGCGCGCGCAGCAACGUCGCGACGCCGAAAGAGGGAGUGGGUGAGAAAGAAAGAGAGAGAAAGAGGGAAGGGAAAGAAAGAGAAAGAGAGAGAGAGAGAGAUAGACAGACAGAAAGAGGGUGUUCGAUUAGUCGAGCGACGAGGUCGAUCGGGCGAGGACGAUGGCAGUGAGCGCUUUCUCAACGACACUGCACACCACCGAUUUUGCCACUACGUGUCCCACUACACCCGCGCUCUGGACCGAGGCGUCGCUACCGCCCGACUACGAGGAGGAGAACGUCCUGCACAUCGGCGGUAUCUUUCCCAUCGCCGGCGAGGGCGGCUGGCAGGGCGGCCAGGCUUGCAUGCCAGCUGCUCGCCUGGCCUUAGAGGACGUUAAUCGUGAAAAGAACUUGUUACGCGGAUAUAGGCUGCACCUCCAUUCCAACGAUAGCGAGUGCGAGCCCGGCCUCGGCGCAUCCGUGAUGUACAACUUACUAUACUUUCCACCGUAUAAAUUAAUGCUGUUGGCCGGGUGCAGCACGGUUUGCACUACGGUCGCCGAGGCGGCGAAGAUGUGGAACCUGGUGGUGCUCUGUUACGGUGCAUCCUCGCCGGCGUUGUCCGAUCGAAAUCGAUUCCCGACCCUGUUCAGGACGCAUCCCUCCGCCACCGUGCACAACCCCACGAGAAUCAAACUGUUGCAAAAAUUCGGUUGGUCUCGGGUAGCGAUACUCCAGCAAGCCGAAGAGGUGUUCAUAUCGACCGUUGAAGAUCUAGAAGCGCGGUGUAAGGAAGCCGGGAUAGAGAUAGUCACUCGCCAGAGCUUCCUGUCGGAUCCCACGGACGCGGUGAAAAAUCUACGGCGUCAAGACGCGCGGAUAAUCGUCGGCCUGUUCUACGUGGUAGCCGCGAGACGGGUUCUCUGCGAGCUUUACAAUCAGAAGCUGUACGGCCAGUCCUACGUGUGGUUCUUCAUCGGCUGGUACGAGGACGACUGGUUCGAGAUCAACCUGGAGAGGGAGGGCAUCGCCUGCACGAAGGAGCAGAUGCGUAUGGCGGCGGAGGGACAUUUGACCACCGAGGCCCUCAUGUGGAAUCAGAAUAACGACACGACAAUCAGCGGCAUGACCGCCGAGGACUUUCGAAAGAGAUUGAACCAGCAGCUGAAGGACGAGGGUUACGACAUAGACAACAAUCGAUAUCCGGAAGGAUACCAAGAGGCGCCUCUCGCCUACGACGCCGUCUGGUCCGUCGCUCUGGCGUUCAACAGAACUAUGGAAAGGCUAAGCAAGAUGGGGAAGAAUUUGAAGAACUUUACUUACGACAACAAAGAGAUCGCCGACGAGAUAUACGCGGCGGUAAACUCGACCCAGUUCCUCGGAGUUUCCGGUUACGUGGCGUUCAGCUCGCAGGGCGACAGGAUCGCUCUGACGCAGAUCGAGCAGGUGAUCGACGGGAAGUACGUCAAGUUAGGAUAUUAUGAUACGCAGAGUGACAACCUGACGUGGCGUAACGUGGAGCGAUGGAUCGGCGGCAAGGUGCCGCAGGACAGAACGAUAAUAAGAACCGUUUUGAGAACGGUGUCACUGCCCUUAUUCAUAAGUAUGGCGACCUUGUCGGCGCUGGGUAUCGUGAUAGCCAUCGGAUUGAUCGUAUUUAACGUCUAUAAUAGGCACCGGAGAGUUAUAUAUUCGUCUCAUCCCACCGCGAACACGAUAAUGCUGGUGGGAAUAAUAGGCUGCUUCUUGGCGGUGCUGUGUAUAGGAAUUGACGGUAGGUUCGUGACGCCGUGGCAGUUUUUGAUCAUCUGCCAAGCCAGAGCGUGGACGAUGUCGGUCGGCUUCACCCUCGCGUUCGGUGCCAUGUUUAGCAAGGUGUGGAGGGUCCAUCGGCUUUCUACGAAGGCGAAAGCCGAUCAAGGAAAAUCAUUGACGGCUAAACAAAAAGUUUCGUCUAUACAGAAGAAGAUUGAGCCGUGGAAGCUGUACGUUAUGCUGGGCGGAUUGCUGUCGGUGGAUAUCAUCCUCCUCGUCACCUGGCAGGUGGUUGAUCCGUUACGUCGAAGGAUCGAGACCUUCUCGCUGGAACUGCCUCCUUUCGGAGACGAGGACGCAAUGAUCAAACCCGAAUUGGAGCAUUGCGAGAGCGAACAUAACAGUCUGUGGCUCGGCUUGAUCUACGGUUACAAAGGCAUUGUCCUUGCUUUCGGGCUCUUUCUAUCUUACGAGACGAGAAGCAUCAAAAUCAAACUGAUCAAUGAUUCCAGAUAUGUGGGAAUGUCGAUAUAUAAUAUCGUAGUUCUAUGUCUCAUAACGGUACCUGUGGUAAUGGUGAUCUCUAGCCAGCAGGACGCGAGUUAUGCAUUUUCGGCACUGGCGACCAUCUUCUGUUGCUUCCUCAGCAUGGCGCUCAUCUUCGUGCCGAAGGUCAUCGAAGUGAUCAGGCAUCCCAGAGACAAGUCUGAGUCGAGAUAUAAUCCGGAUGGUGCGGUAUCCAAGGAGGAGGAAGAGAAAUAUCAGAAGUUGCUCAACGAGAACGACGAGCUUCAAAAACUCAUCGCCGCGAAGGAGGAAAAGAUUCUGACCAUCAAGCAGAAGCUGGCUGAACGCGACGCCCUGAAAGGUACGACGAGUCGCUGCAGGCAAGGUCAGCCCAAGCAGUCCUUCAUCAUCGCUGACUAUCCGACCGGCGAGGGAACGUCGGACAGUGCUAUCGGCACGCAGCACAUCGCCGAAAUGUACGAACUGCACCGACUAUGAUGCCAAAGCAAUACACACACAAACGAGCGCUACGCUUGCGACAAAACUCUCUUCUAAAACUAGUUAUUAAAUCUAUACGUGCACGGUCAAUACGCGGAAUAUUAUGACGCGCGAGUCUUUCGGAAACACGCCAAAAUACGUGAAAAUGUGAUGACUCUCUCUCUCUGUAAUGUCUCCGAGACAUACGAUUUCGCGAGGGUCCCCCCCCCCUCCGCCCCCUCCCCCUCCGUCGUCGCGUAUCUUAAACUGUAAGUUAGUUUGCAGCGUGUGGAAUUGUUUUAUAUGUUUCGAUAUACGAUUCGACCUGCGCCUUAGAAAGAGGAAAAGGAACAAAAAGGGAGGGGAGGGGGAGGAGGGGAGAGAAAAAAAAGAGAUGAAAGUAAAGAGUUACGGAGGUAUCGAGGCGUGUGCGCGAAUUAUUUAACUGUUUUAUCGCGUGUUCCCUCUCGGGGCACACGAACCGAAGGUGUAUGCGAGGUCUGUCGUCGUAAAUCCCAUGUGUAGGCAAUAUUUAAAAGAAAAGAAAAAAAAAAAAAAGGAAAAAAAAGCGGAUGUAAAACUCUUCUCAUUUACGGUAUCUCUACCACGCGCGCUCACCCACGCAGUAUUUUUUACCGUAUUUACCCGAUUCUGAUCAACUGCCGCGCAAACGGCGCUUGUAAGUCUAGCUAUAUAUAUACAUCAUACGAUAGUCCUAUCGAACUGUUGAACGAAAGUAUCACAUAUAUGUACGUUAGAUUAUGGAGAUAUUUAUUUUUAAGUUUUUGAAUUAUAAAAAAUCCGUUGAAAAAUCGAAGGCUCUACCUAUUACUGAACCCUGAGAUUGUUUACUCGAUCCGAAAACUCGCGUGGCUCGAGCGAAGAUCGGCGAUCGCGAGCGUUCAUAUCUCUACGUUGUUUCUAGAGUUGAGAUUUUAAUAAAGAAAAUUUAAACGCA